AUGACUUCGGGUCGUGAUGCAGUUCAAAAGUCAGAAAAAUCCACAUUGCACCAGUUGGUUAAUGCCAUUCGAGCAUCCAUCGGUGAUUUGCUUGAACAGUCUCCUAAUUCCUUGUCAGCAUGUACGGCGAGUAAACUAUCACCGUCCACCAACGGUAUGGUUUAUGGGUCUAACAGGACAAGUGUUACAUUAGGAAGCAAUCAAGGUGUCCAGUCUCAACUUUCCCCGAGUACUAUCAGUAAAGGAUGUAAACAGUCCCAAAUUGACGACAGAUUACACCCUUUCAGUUCAUUCCCAAGUUCUAACUCCAGACAAUUAAGCGCUGAUAGUCCGGUGGCAUAUUCCAGUUCAGUCGAAGUACAGUCCCGGAACUAUAGUGUACAUAAGGAUACCACACACGGUACUAGUCAGUGCCUAACGAACAAUAAGGCAACAUAUUCAGUGGAAAAUUCAGGUCACAUGUUUCUCUCUAAUCAAAGUCCGCUCAUUCCUCAUUCGGUCAGCUCUCAGGCUGUAAACCUCCAGUUCCGCUCAGUUUGUCGUAAUACUCACCAAAACAGUUCAUCUGUGAUUUCCAGUUCAAAUCCUUCGAGCCGCGCUACUACAGGUGUUUCCAAUAACUCACUUCAAACGCGUGUCUCUUUGUCCCACUACGACCUAUCAUCACGACAAGUAGACAAAAUAAUCGAAAUGCUGGCUGAACAGGCUCACUGUAAAACCACAACUGAGGAAUGCAACAUGCAUAGUGAUGUGUCACUAAAUUCUAGCAGAUUACACGAUAAUUUAAAGAAUGUGACAUCACCUGGCAAUUCAGCUAGAGCAUUCAUUUCACACACUCUUCAGACCGAUCAUAGAUUGAACCAAGAUCCUAUGAAUUUGAAUCCCCCAUCCCAACACAAUCAGCUGAAUGAGCUGGUACAAAUAUUAAAAGCAGCACUGCAUCAUCAUACGUCCAGUCAUUUACCCGCGAAUCCAGCAGCGUUCGUAUCCACGAGUAGUCGACAAACUUCAGGUUCCCUUCCUGAUUCUUCAGGUUCUCAUGACACUAUCAAAUCUCACUCUAUGGAUAUUGGAGUGGGUCAGGAGAGCAAGGCUUUCAUAUCAACAUCGAUUCAGGAUGGAUCAUCUUUUUCAUCACAAACCGGGUCACGAACGAGCGUAACCAAUCGUUUGGUUUCAGAUUCAUUUCCCUUCAGUAGAAUCAAUACGGGAAUAGAUCACUCAGGGUCUCCUGCUUCAGCAUGCAAUUAUUCCAACGUAAGCAAUUCUGCUAAGACAAAUGAGGAUAACUCUGAAAUUAACGACAGAAGAGAGACUCCAAACGCACCUAGCCCUACUUCUGCUUCCCCAUCAAUUCGUUCAGGUCAUUCUACUAACACAUUAAUUGAUAUUACGACUAAAUCAACAUUCUCACCAGCUCCGGCAUCUGAAAACUGUCUUGUCUUGGAGAAAAUAUCUGAUGUGCUGGAUAGUUCAGAAAUGAAGUCGUUUUUCACUCCUGGACUUAUUUCUAAUUAUCAGGAUGAAACGUUGCAACGUUUAGAACAAGAAGCUCAAAUUGAAUCCAAAAAUUUUGAUCGACUGCAAAGUGUUCUGUAUGGAGAACUGUCAGCUGAGUCGAAAAAACUGCGCGCCUUAGUUCGAAUAAGUGAAGCUAAACUUGCCAUUCAUAAAGAGAAGCAAACAUCGCUACAAGAGUUAAUGGACGCAAUUGAAGUACGAAAACAUCUGCCCAAUCUGUCUUUCGUGGAUGAUGUAUUAUAA